GAUCCUCCUUCAAGAUGCGGCAACUUCGGCCCCUUUUCGUAUCACACUCAGGGAACUGUAAGAAUAUUCAAUGGACACGGCUGAGGAUUCUGCACAGGUGUCUCUCCACGUCACUGACAAACGCUUGCAAGGAAGAUAAUGAUACGUCAGCUCAGAAAUAUAAGAGAACAGUUCUCUUACCUACGACCAGUUUUCCUCUUCGGGUCGAAGGAGCUAAACGGGUCAAGAAUGAGAGGAGAGUUCAAGAGGAGGCCGGCUUUGCAGACCUAUACGACUGGCAGAGAAGGCAGAUGCGCAAGAAGGAGUAUGUUCUUCAUGAUGGACCACCAUAUGCUAAUGGAAAACCUCAUAUUGGUCAUGCAGUUAACAAGAUUCUUAAGGAUGUAACCAUGAGACAGAAACUCUUAAGAGGCUACAAAGUGCACUACAUCCCAGGCUGGGAUUGCCAUGGUCUCCCCAUUGAGCUGAAGGCACACGACAGGGACAAAAAGAAGAAGAAGAAAGAUGUUUCAACCCCAACUACUCCUCUUGGAAUCAGGAAGAUGGCCAGAAGAUUUGCUGAAGAGGCCCUAGACAUUCAGCUUGAAACAUUUAAAAGAUGGGGUGUGCUGGCAAACUGGUCCAACAUCUAUCGCACGUUUGAUCCAAGUUACGUAUCGAAGGAGCUCCUUCUCUUCGCAGAUUUAUAUGAAAAAGAUUAUGUUUAUCAGGCUUAUAAACCUGUGUAUUUCUCUCCAUCUUCUGGCACUGCGUUAGCCGAAGCAGAGCUGGAAUAUAAUAAUGAGCACUGUAGUCCCUCUAUAUAUGUUGGGAUGCCAUGCAGUAAUUUGCCUCACUUUAUACAGGAAAAGCUUUCAAACUACGGAGGACCACAAGUCUAUCUUGCUGUGUGGACAACAACGCCUUGGACACUCCCCGCCAAUGAAGCCAUAUGUUUUUCUCCAGAUAAAAACUAUUCUCUUGUUCUUAUUGAGCAAGAAGGGAAGUUAACAGCAUUGAUUUGGGCUGAAGAACUUCUAGAAGAACUGAAGAAAGUUGUUGGGAAUAACAUCACUGUUCUCUACUCCUUUGAAGGUUCUCAACUGGCUACAGUAAAGUAUCGUCACCCACUGGCAGAACGUCUCUGUCCCUGUCUCCCUGGCAGUCAUGUGACAAUGUCAAAAGGAACUGGGCUUGUCCAUACGGCUCCUGCACAUGGCCAUGAUGAUUUUCUUGUUGCUCUGGACUUCAAGAUACCAGUGGACUGUAAAGUAGAUUCCCGAGGCUGCUACAUGCCAGAAGUUGGUGCAGAGCUAGCAGGAAAAAGGGUCUUAGAGGAAGGAAAUGAUGCUGUUACGCAGUUGCUUUUAAAGUCAGAUGGCUUUGGAGGUCCAACUUUACUUCUAGCAAAGGACUCAUUCAUACAUUCGUAUCCUUAUGACUGGAGAACCAAGAAGCCUGUUAUCAUUCGAGCGUCUAAGCAGUGGUUUAUCAACACUGAUGUAUUGAAGGAGAGAGCAUUGGAAGUGUUACAAGAUGUGAAAAUCUUGCCUCGCAGUGUCCAGACAGGUAUGAUUGGCCAAUUAGAGAGACGACCCUAUUGGUGCAUAUCUCGGCAACGGGUGUGGGGUGCGCCUAUUCCUGUCUUCUAUGAUAAAGUGACUGGAGAACCUGUAGUUAAUAGGAGAAUAAUCGAACAUGUAGCAGAUGUCUUGCAGCGAGAGGGCCCUGAUUCCUGGUGGAUGCUUCCUGAGGAGAAUUUGCUUCCUCCAGAACUUGUGGAGAGCUUUAGACAAAAUGAAAAGCCAUUACCCACCAAGGGUACAGACAUCUUUGACAUCUGGUUUGACUCCGGGUCUUCGUGGAACAAUGUCUUGGGAAGUCCCUCGGCUGACUUGUACCUGGAAGGAGUGGAUCAAUUUACAGGAUGGUUCCAGUCAUCUCUACUCACUUCUGUGGCUUCUACAGGAAAGGCUCCAUAUAAGCAGUUGUACGUCCACGGCUUUACACUAGAUGAGACUGGAAGGAAGAUGAGCAAGUCUCUGAAUAAUGUCAUUGACCCAGAUAUUGUUACCGAUGGAGGCAAGAAUCUCAGUAAAGAUCCUGUGUAUGGUGCAGAUGUCCUAAGGUGGUGGGUUGCUUCACAUGCAACCAAUCACACCAACCUGUCUGUUGGCAAGAAUAUCCUAGACCAGUGUAAGGAGUCUGUCCAGAAGGUGCGAGCGGUGUUGCGUUUCCUGCUGGCUUCCUUGGGUGACUACCAACCCUGUGAACAUAGCCUUCCUGUAGCUGACCUCAAGCCAGUCGACCAAUAUAUGCUUCAUCUCUUGAAAGGACACAUUGAGAGAGUUUGGGAGCAUUAUGAUAAUUUUGAGUAUCACCGUGUUGCAGCUACUUCUCUUGCGUUUAUUAAUUCUAAUGUCUCAGCCUUUUACUUCUCCAUCAUCAAAGAUCGACUUUACUGUGAGAGUCGGCUGAGCAGCAAACGCAUGUCUGCUCUCUUGGUGCUUCACCACCUGCUGCACCAUAUCCUUCUGUCCCUGGCACCAGUCCUGCCCCAUCUGGUUGAGGAGGUUGCCCUUCAUCACCACAAUAAGAGAUCUUGGCACGUGUUCCACCAAGUGUAUAAUGGUCUCCCUGCUUCCUGGGACCAACCAGAACUGGCAAGCAGGAUAGAAAGGUGUCUCGAAGUGCGUGACAAACUCUUCAGAUGUCAUCCCAAUGUGAACCACAAUGUGCAGGUCACAGUCACAGCCGGUGGAGAUAUGUUAGAGGCACUCAUGCUUCUUCAGGGACACAAGGAUGCAAUUGAUUCAGGCCUUUGUGAAUUGCUCAUGGUUUCAAGAGUUUUCCUUCUUCCCGAUGAAGAAAGAAGAGACGGAUUCUCACUGGAAACAGGAAUAUCCACCGGAGAAAAAUGCCUGAGGUGUCGCAAGUAUACAGCAGAUGCUGGGGAGGAACUGUGUGUGAGGUGUAAGAAUACCAUCUCCUCAUCUUGGUAGAUUCAGGGUGCAAGCUGAAUCAAAAGCUUUGGUUGUUAAAGAAAGUGAAAAAAAAGGUAAAGAAAGUAGUUCAUGAUAAUAUCGUGUCUCUGUGAUAUAAUUUUGUACUUAUGAAAGAUGAGUUUUGGCAGGCUGAAGGGAAACUUAAAAAAAAGUCAUUGAAAAAAAUAUGUAUCCAUGAGAGUUGCUCUGGGUGAAGGAUUUGAACCUUUUCACCUCCCGUGAGUGACUAAUGAUUCUAGUGAUCUUUCUGUGAUUUUCUCAGAUUUAUGCAAGCUCAGCUGCUGCAUAUUUAGUCAAUUUUCCAUUAUAUGGCUACUAAUAGAUGAUUUAUAUUUACACCAAAAUCGGAAUCAGUUUUACAACUUCUUUAUUAAUGUUUAAAUAUGUAGAAACAAAUAUGUUCAAAAGUCACUAAUUGUGGAACACAAGUAAAAAGAAGUAUAGGUUGUCAAUCUAAGAAAGGAAAGUUCCUCUUCAUCAUGAUAUCUUAAGAGCAAGCUUUAUUCUUGGCUGUGGAGAAGGACAAAGUUGAGCCAGAAUUUAGUUCUUGGAAGGGAAUAUACUCUUGAAGUUACCGUGAGAGAUAGCAAAAUUAAUAUUCCUAAAAUGUUUGUGUGUGAUGUCAUGAAAUUGAGUUGCAUAAUGAAAUAAUAUGUAUAUGCAUACACAUACAUGAAAUUGAUAUAUAGUUGUUUCAGAUUAUGUCCUUUUAAAUCUCCUGUAAAUAGUAUUUUUAUUUUUGAGAGUUAAAAUAAAUGUCAAUAAU